AUGAUCGACCAACGUAUUUUCGAGGAUCUCCAGACCAAGAUCGACGAGGAGACCACCGUCCGUGACGAACUACACGACAUUGUCCAGACUCUUGCACGAAAGGGGCGCUCUACACAGGCAAUUCUCUCAAGGGCACACUCUACCCCGACCGAUCAGAUCAAAUCUGUCCUUGAUGAUGCAACUGCGGCAAUUAUUGCCCAGAAGCAAGAUGUCGCCCGGCUGAAGGCUGUGGCAGACAAGCACCCAUUCUACAAGUACAACAACGUGUGGUCACGAGAGUUGCAAAACCUGGUUUCUUACGUUGAGCUGUGCGCUUGGCUUGGUGGACUUCAGGAGCACAAGGGCCCUGACUCCACCUCGUUCAUGACUAUUGAGGACGUCGGAAAGUUCCUGGAGGUCCCUGUCAACCUGAAGGAGCAAGAUGCCUUCCACCUGACUAUUGAGGAGUACCUUCUGGCGCUGAUCUCUAUGGUUGAAGAGCUGUCUCGUCUGGCUGUCAACUCUGUGACUCUGGGUGACUAUGAACGCCCCACCCAGAUUGGCAACUUCAUCAAGGAGCUCUUCGCUGGAUUCCAGCUGCUGAACCUGAAGAAUGACAUUCUUCGCAAGCGAAGCGAUGGAAUCAAGUACAGCGUCAAGAAGGUUGAAGAUGUGGUUUAUGAUCUUUCGUUGCGCAACCUCAUCCCCAAGGGCGGCGCUGCUGUUUAA